ACUGGGUUCUGGAGAUCCCAAUAUUACCCCAUGCACAAGGCGUAGCCUCACUUUUGUCGGCAUGUGUCUAGGGUUGCAUUUCUCUUUGUUCAUGCGGUUUUUCGACGCCACUCGCAAGGUUCGAUUUGUGGUCCUCAAGGUAGGUGCAAACGCCAACUCACGUCAAUUUCGAAGCGUAUGCUUUCAAGAGUUCAGUGGCGUCGAGCUGUGCUGCUGUUCGGAGGUUGCGGUGACGGUGUCGAGGUGCAGAGCGGCCAGGUGCAGUUGAGUCUGAGAUAUGAAUGACCCUGAACAGAAUGUGCGUGCGCUCAAACGCUGUUGUGUGCGCUUCAAGGUUCCUGAUUUCAUAGAGACUAAGUUGUAUUCCAGAAAAGUCUGUAAGACAGACGUCGACCUGGAGUUGUUUAAAGACAAUGUGAAGAUUGUUGAAGACCAGUGCAGACGACUCGUAGGAGGUCGGAGGAACUACUCUCUGAAUCAUCCGUGUUGCUAUCUUGAAUGCGAAUUACCUGAUACUUUGUUUGCGGAGAACAACGGGGAGAUAGGACUCGAUGAAUCAGUGUUGCUGGAACAUAUACACCGAGAAACGAAAAAGGCAAUGGAACCCCACCGACAACUUCCGGGGAAUAAAUGUGUGCGCACAGCAUCGAAACGGCCAUUGGAAUUCCACCGACAACAUCCGGACCAGGUUGCGGAGCCUAAGCGUUCGUCACAUGACGCCACUCCGUCAAGGAAUGAUGCCUCGCAGAAGGGCCCGGUCGCUGAAUGUUCCGAGGUGUCGCCUCCUAGCCGUGGUAAGGGUGCUGACGAUUUUCGAAAGGCUGUGGUUUAUCUGAAGGAGUAUUCGGAUGAACCUGCAUUUCGCAACAAACUUGCGGUAUGCGAAGAAGAGUACAAUGCAAUGGAACGCAAGCUGGAAGUCAUUCUUGCAGAGCGUUUUGAGAAGCCGCCUCCAAGCUGUAGUCAGGAUCAUCACAAGUUUCGAGGAGCUAUGAAUGAACUGAAGGAUAUGGUUGGUGGAAAUGUAUAUCGCUAUGUACUCGAUAAAUGCGAAGAAGUGUAUUAUGCAAAAGCACGCGAGAUGGAAGAUUCUUCCGUGGUAUCGCCUUCUAUCGCCUGUGGGGAUUGUGACAAGAUGUUAGGAAGUGUACAUGAUCCGAAGAAAAUGGUGACGGCUCCGUCACCAUCACCGGAUAGUCGCAAUGAUGUUGAGAAAUUUAAGAAGGCCCUGAAUGCAUUGAAGGCGUCUGAGGAUGCGCCUGAAAUUGCUCGAGAACUUGCUGCAAUAGAAGCUCACUUUGAUAAAUUUGUACUUCAUGCGAAAGAUGACUAUAACAAACGUCAUGUACUGGCGGUAUUGAUGAAUGCUUCGAAUCUUCUUGGAAAACGAAAAACGGAUCAGGGGUCAAUUCUUCCAAAAGUCCAUGUCAAUCUCGGAUGAAGUGAUGCAAGCUGGACACAACACGAACGAUUAAUAUGAUGAGCUUUUACAUGUGAAUUCUCAGGCAGAAUCUUCUGUGAAUCGUACGCCGAGCGAAGCUUUCAAGUACCAAACUUCGAGCAACGUCACAUGUUAACAGAUAUCCGCUGGAGAUUGGUUCUUACGAGACGUCAUCUGUGGAUGUGUCUUUUAUGACCCCGGUUAUGAAGCAUUAUAAUUAGAGGUGUUAUCAAAACUAUGACACGAAAAUAUGCACUGAUCAGAGUUCUUUUGUACUUCUAGUAUUUAUGUUGAAUGACAAAUAGAGAAAAACAUAAAGACUAUCAGAAAACAGUUUCUUUUUAACUUUAAAAGACUUAUAUGUAAUUUCUCUGCUCUUAUCUACUUUAUCAGGAAGAGCAUUUCUUUUUUCUCA